GUGACGAUGUUAUACGGUGUUGCGCGCCGCACCGGCAAUUUUUUGUUUUAGUUUUAAUCAUUCCUAUUGUAUUCGUUGAGAUCUCUCGCUGUAGUAUCGUUGUUGAUUGGCCGCGCGACAAGAUCGAUCUGCAACGAACUGAAAAUAUAGUGUUUCGAGGGUGUUUUAUUUAUUUGUUGUGCCAGAAGGACUGUGUGACAGUUUGCUUUAGUGCGGCUUCGUUGUUGUUGACGAGUGAUAUACAUACAUAUUGUAUACUUGUUGUGACUGAGGUGGCUAAACUUUACGGAUUACUGUUGUUAAUGUGUCAGGAAUGUGCAAAGGGCGUCCCACUGUCUGCCAUGUGAUGCCCCGCAAUGCCCACGUUGUCCGCGGCUCCUGAGCCGACGACGCGGCCCGCUGCCGCCAUGAGCCCCGAGCAAGAGGCCUCCCCGCCCCCGGCAGCUCCGGGGGCGUCACCACCGCCGCCGCCCACGCGUCUGCCGUCCCCCACGGAGUCCACGUCGGACGUGGAGCAGUUCGCUGGCAAGAUUGUCUACAACCCCGACGGCUCGGCCUACAUCAUCGAGGACUCGGAGAGCGACUGCGAGGCCCAAGCCCCCGCCGCCCCCGAGAACGGGCCGCCCCUGCAGGCCGUCUACGUGUCGCGGAUGCUACGGCAACCCACCCGACCAUCCGAACUGCCCGCCGUGCACAGCUACCGCGUCGUGGCUCUGAGGGACGCUAGACCGCCGCGACCCGCGUCCUUGCCCAUCAAGCCCAUCCUCAUGUGUUUCGUGUGCCGGUUGUCGUUCGGGUUCGCGAGGUCCUUCGCCAGCCAUGCCAGUGCUGAACACGGAGUCGCGUUGCAGGACGCCGAGCGAGAGGUACUGGCGCAGGACUGCGGAGCGAUCCUGCAGUGCGUGGGAGCCGAAAAGAGGCCAGUAGUUUCCUUGUUAGAGCCUCUCGGAGGUCAUAUGACGCCCGAACCUCAAUCCAUGCAACAACAGACCACCGUACCUGGCAGAGACGGACACCCUUCGUCGCAGCCUCAACAAGCCCAAGGCCAAGUUCCUGGAAAGUCGCCUAGUCCGCCUUUUGCCUCGCCUCCAGCCUUUAUGACUGGUACGACUAUUGGGGUGUGUCCUGAACACCUUCAGGGCAGACCUUCUGGCGUGGAGUGUGCCCGAUGUGAGAUGAUACUCGCAUCAGGUCGGUUGGGCCCGGCAGGCCUUGCCAACGUUCACAGUCGUAAUUCCUGUAAGACGCUCAAAUGUCCUAAGUGCAAUUGGCACUACAAAUACCAAGAGACGUUAGAAAUCCAUAUGAAAGAGAAACAUCCUGAAGCGGAGACGAGCUGCAUCUACUGCAUCGCCCAGCAACCUCAUCCACGAUUGGCGCGAGGCGAAACCUACACGUGCGGCUACAAACCUUACCGAUGCGAGGUAUGCAAUUAUUCAACGACUACGAAGGGCAACCUCAGUAUACACAUGCAAUCUGACAAGCAUUUGAACAACAUGCAAGAGCUCCAAAACGGCGGAGGACCAAACGGCGAGACGCGUCAAGCAUCGCCUAAAGCGCCAAUGCAUCAUUCGCCGGUCAGCGCAGGCCAUAAACCCAAACCUAGCUUCCGAUGCGACGUGUGUAACUACGAGACGAACGUCGCGCGCAAUCUACGCAUUCACAUGACUUCGGAAAAGCACACGCACAACAUGUUGGUGCUACAGCAGAACGUCAAGCACAUGCAAACUCUGAGCGCGUUGCAUCACCAGCAACAACACCCGCCGCAGCACGUCGAGAGUUUGUACGGUAUGUACCCGAGCCUCGGUGAGAAACCAGAAGCGGCCUUGGCCGAUAUGGCGUACAAUCAGGCGCUGCUCAUUCAGAUGAUGACGGGCGGGCAGUUACCUGGACACGCGGGACCCGCUGACCUGGCGGCUCAUGCGGAUUUAGGACUGAACCCUGAAACGAUGGAACCUCCACCUGAACCCGCCGAUCCUGAUCCGGAGAGAAUCUACCAGUGUUGCGUGUGCAACGUGUUCCAAACGGAUUCGUUGGAAGAGUUGGGACGACAUCUGGCACUGGACAGAACGAGACUGAGAGAGCAGGAGAUUCUGGCCGUGGUGGCCGGUCACUAUAUCUGCAAGUUGUGCACUUACAAAACGAACCUCAAAGCCAAUUUCCAGCUCCACUGCAAGACUGAUAAGCAUUUACAACGGCUGCAACACGUCAACCAUGUGAAAGAGGGCGGGCCUCGAAACGAGUGGAAGUUGAAGUACGCUUCUGCGCCUGGUGGUGUUCAAAUCCGGUGUAACGCGUGUGACUAUUAUACCAAUUCCGCGCAUAAGUUGCAAUUGCACGCGGCCGCGGGCAGGCACGACGCGGGGGUGGCUCUGUUGAAGCAUCUCCACGAGAGGUGUUCGUGUCUCCAACCUAACCAACCUCGAGUGUUCCACUGUUCGCUUUGCGGGUUCUCCGCAACCAACCGACUGCCGUUACUACAACACGUCAAAUCGCUGAAACAUCUUCACAUGGAGCAGCUCCAUCAGCUCCAAAGGAGGGCCGAGGGCAAGGAAACGUCUCCGGAGAUCGGGGAGGUGUUCCACGUGGUACCCGGACCAGUAGACCAAAGCCAACAACAAAUUCACACACCCGAUCGACGAUAUAGCAGCAAUUCGGAUAUUUCCCAGAUGGAAACGCCGAACCAGGUGAAGUCAGAGACAGGUGAUAUUGAGGAGGCGAAUCACGUCGAUUCCAAUCCGCCUUCUCAUCUGUGCCCGUACUGUGACUACACUAGCGAUAGUGAAAUGCGUAUCCAGGCACAUAUGCUUGCCCAGCACGGCUCCAACAGCCAUGCCGAGCCGCCUCAACAGCCUGAGCCUGCGUUGCACUGUCCCCUCUGCCAAGACGUGUCUAAAGAUCGCUCUAGUCUUGAAAGGCACGUCAUGCAGAUUCAUUCUGUCAACAGCGAGGGUCUGCAAAGACUUCUUAUGUUGGUGGAUCAGAGUCAUUGGUUGAACCAGUCGUCUAGAACGUCGACGCCUAACAAUACAGCGGUAACGAAUCAAAUUUCUCCAACUUCGGUUUCGUUGAAGGAAUCAGCAAAGAUGGAGAAGGGUGAUAGCGGUUACCCAGAUGACAAUCCUGAACUGAUGUCUUCGAUGAGUGACGAUAAUAACGAUACGGAAAGCGAAAGGUGCAAUACUUGUUUUAAAACAUUUAAGAACAUAGACGAACUAUGUCUCCAUCAAAACGAAACCGGACAUUUAGAAGUUAAGCAGACGGCAAGCGGUCCUGGGUACCUCUGUUGGAAGAAGGGAUGUAGCCAGAAUUUUCCAACCGCUCACAUGCUGCAAACACACUUCAAAGAGGUCCACGCGAAGAACUCGAUUGCGAACAUGUCAGUGAGCGAAAAGCACGUGUACAAAUACAGGUGCAAUCAGUGUUCGCUUGCUUUCAAGACAUUGGAAAAGCUCCAGCUUCAUUCCCAGUAUCAUAUGAUACGAGAUGCGACUAAAUGUGUGCUGUGCGGAAGAAGUUUUCGAUCUCUCGUAGCCUUACAUAAACACGUUGAAAGUGUUCAUUCGGAACUUACUGAUGAUGAAUUGAACGCUUACAAGCAAAGUCUUAUGAAUAACCCCCUCCUGCUGGCUGGGCUUCAGGGUCAAAUUUUGGACAGUUCCACCAACGACAUCUUGAAGAAAGAAAGUAUGCGCGGAGAAGAGAAUGAGAGUACCGAAUGUGACGAUAGUAAAGAAUUAAGUACCAGUCAGUCGCUGGACGAUAGUAUGCAGAUUGACGGAGAAAAUUCCGAUGACAGUAUUAUUUACAAAGACCAACAAUUUCUCGAAGAUUACCUAAACAGCCAAGCUAUGGCGGAAGAUAGUUAUAACGAUCCUACGAGAAAAUAUAAAUGCCACCGCUGCAGAGUGGCGUUUACUAGACAAAGCUAUUUGACUGCUCAUAACAAAACUUUGUUGCACAGAAAAGGCGAAAAACUGAGCUAUCCCAUGGAAAAAUAUCUUGAUCCUAAUAGACCUUAUAAAUGUGACGUAUGCAAGGAAAGUUUUACGCAGAAAAAUAUAUUAUUGGUCCAUUAUAAUUCGGUUAGCCACCUACAUAAACUUAAACGAGCCAUGCAAGAACAAUCGAAUAACAACAAUAACAGUCCUGUUUCGUCCACUUUAGGCAUGGCUCAGGCUCUAACCCUAGUUCCGAAGAUCUCCAGCCCGGACGAAGACGACAAGAAAAAAUACCGUUGCAAUAUCUGCAAGGUGGCUUAUACUCAGGGCAGUACGCUAGAUAUUCACAUGCGUAGCGUGCUGCACCAAACCCGCGCCAGUAAAUUACAAGACUUGGCUAUGGCCGGCCAAAUCGACUUGACCAAACCGUUAAUCGAGCAGCCCGAUGCCGUGCAGUCUCCGAAACUACCCUCGCCGGUGCCGAGCGGUGGGGAUGCGCUGAAACAACCCUGCCCAACCCCUCCAUCGCCAGGUAUCGCAGGUAGUCAGGGGAUUAGUUGUCCGAAAUGCGGCACGACAUCCCUCAAUGCCGAACAGUUGGGUGCGCACCAGUUGUACUGCUUGUUCGCGACCCCGAUGGCCGUCUUUCACAACGAGGAUGAUCAAGAAGCUACAGCUCGUGCAAUGUCCAGUAAAAAGGGUUCGCCGAUAUACAAACAUCUUUUGGAAGGUUACGGGUUCGAUUUAGUGAUGCAAUACAACGAGAGCCAUCAGCGUAGACAGCGACAAGCAGAGAGGGAAAAGGCUGAAGCUGAGGCUGAAAAAUUAAAAGAACAAAAUAGUGUGGUGCCUGUUGAGGAGAAAUUACCAGAGAUGCCACCAGAAACAACGGAAAUUCAGGAGGUUAAGGAGGAAGAACAACCCGAAGUGGAGAAACCUAGCGAGGAAGAUGCGGCUAGUCUGCCAGAAGUGAGUAAAUCUACGUGUCAAACGUGCAACAAGGAAUUUUCGAGUGUGUGGGUGCUAAAAAGCCAUUGUGAAGAGGUGCAUAAAGAUCUAGUGCCGUUGGAAUACCUAGAAAAAUACGCACAGCAACUUAAAAACGAGAUCGAAAAGAAAACCGUGGUAGUAACUGCCGCUACGAGUUCUACUACAAACACCGUGUCACGAGUCGCGACUCCUACUACUCACGGAACCGACAAUAUCAAUCAGGACACCGAAAACACUCCCGAUAAAGACACUGACGAAUCCAAAGAAGCCCUUCACGUCAAACUUAAUUUGCAAACACCGCCGGAAGCUACAUCGACGGCUCCAAGCACUCCAACCAGCAGCACCACUCCAGCUAGUUCAACAGACUCAAUAUCCGCUAAUUUACAGGCAAUGUUGGCUCAGACGAUGGCUCAAAAUCCUAUGGCUCUGGCUCAGCAAAUGUCUGAAAUGCAGGCGGCUCUCAGCGUGAUGCAUCUUCAACAACAGAUGAACUUCAAUCCGGUGGUUCAAAUGAUGGGAAUGGGAUUGCCGUUAGGAUUGAAUGCUUUGGCGGCUAUGAACCUUCAACCUCCUUUGGUACCGCUAAUGAUGCCUCCCCCUCCCUUUGACCCGAUGACGCAAUUUGGGCCACAGGAUCAACAGGCUAUGAUGGCCAAGCAACAGGCUGCUAUUAUGCAACAACAAGCGGUGGCCAAUGCUGCUAACCAGAAACGCGCAAGGACCCGAAUCACCGAUGAGCAACUGAAAAUAUUACGCUCACAUUUCGACAUCAACAACUCUCCCUCCGAAGAUCAGAUUCACGAAAUGGCCAAUCAGAGCGGUCUACCUCCCAAAGUUAUAAAACACUGGUUUCGCAAUACGCUGUUUAAAGAACGCCAACGAAAUAAAGACAGUCCUUAUAACUUUAAUAAUCCACCAUCAACCACUUUAAAUCUGGAAGAGUACGAGAAAACUGGCGAAGCUAAGGUGAUGCCUUUAAAUCACUCAUCCGGAAGUAGUUCAGAUGAAGCGAAUAAGAGUAAAGAAUCUCCAUCUCCCAUCAUACAAAACAUUCAACACUCUGAUAUAAAACAAGAGAUCAAAGAAGAACCUAUUGACGAACAAAUUAAUCUACAACACAAACAAAACGAUUCUAUGGAAGAUAAAGUACAGAAUAUUUUUAAUCUACCAGGAAAUCUCCAACCGCCUCAGAGUCCAGCUACGUCCGUAGCUUCUUCUGAAAGUAUGAACGUGUCAUCGCAACCUUCUACUCCGAAUAAUCUAACUUUAACGUCCAUCAUAGCCUCGCAACUGGGUGAUACUCUGACCACGAGCACGCCUACAUUGAACAUGGCUUCCAUGCAAGUUCAUCACGGUCUCGCCAGUCCUAUGCUUCCGCCACCUAAAAUGAACCAACAGAACUUUCCUAAUCCCAACAACAUGCAAGGAAUGUUACCUCUGACACCUAACAGAUGUCUGAGUCCCAGCCGGGACUACUCGAAUCCCGGAAGCCAGGGUUCUAGUGGAUCAACCGGUAAACGAGCCAAUCGCACCCGAUUUACCGAUUACCAGAUUAAGGUGCUUCAGGAGUUUUUUGAAAAUAACGCCUAUCCCAAGGACGACGAUUUGGAAUAUCUAUCGAAAUUGUUGAAUCUGAGUCCUAGAGUUAUAGUCGUAUGGUUCCAGAAUGCACGCCAAAAGGCUCGCAAGGUCUACGAGAACCAACCGGCUGCAGAACCCGCUCCUGGAAUUGACGAAUCCGGUGCUAACCGAUUUCAAAGAACGCCCGGACUGAAUUAUCAAUGCAAGAAAUGCCUUUUGGUGUUCCAAAGGUAUUACGAACUAAUCAGACAUCAAAAGACGCAUUGUUUUAAAGAAGAAGACGCUAAAAGAAGUGCUCAGGCUCAAGCUGCUGCGGCACAGAUCGCUGCUGUUCUUAGUUCUGAAGACUCGAACUCUAGUACGAUAGUUGAGCAGGUAAUGGCACAGCAGCAGUCCUUACCUCAAACUCCGACCUUACCGAAUCAGCAAGCGCAGAGUUCGAAUCAGGCGCUAAGUCCAACUCAACCCAACGCUCCAACUACACCUACGCCUAGUCAAGGAGGUAUUAACUAUCCCAGUUCUUCUCCAACACCUUCGGAAACGAAAGAAGGUACUUUUGAAUGCGACAAAUGUAAUUUAGUAUUUCCUCGAUUCGAGUUAUGGAGGGAACACCAACUUGUACAUUUAAUGAACCCAAAUUUGUUCCCAACUUAUCCACCAGAUAGCCCUUUCGGAAUUUUACAACAACACGCCCAACUUCAGCAGUUAAACGCUAAUAUUGGCGACGUUAGUAAACAACAACAAAACAGUCAAGUUAAUCAAGCUUCAAACGUACCUCAUCCAUUAAUUAACAUGUUAAAUAAUGUUACUGGACAGAAAAGAAAAGUAGAGGACUUUGCGGAUAAUGAGAGCGACACGAGCGAUCAGCCCAAAGACAAGAGACUGCGAACGACUAUUUUACCCGAACAGUUGGAUUAUUUAUAUCAAAAAUAUCAAAUCGAGAGCAACCCUUCCAGAAAAAUGUUGGAAAAUAUUGCACGAGAGAUCGGGUUAAGGAAACGGGUGGUACAGGUGUGGUUUCAAAACACACGUGCCAGGGAAAGAAAAGGCCAGUUCAGAGCUCACACUCAAGUGAUCAAUAAGAGAUGUCCAUUUUGCCCGGCAUUGUUCAAAGUAAAGAGCGCGCUAGAAUCUCAUUUAACCACUAAGCACGCCGACCAAUGCGCCAGGGGUGAAAUCAACAUCGACGCUUUACCUGAUGAGGAAGUUAGUUUAGAAAGCGCCCCCAGCUUAUCCAGUGGGGGUGAUGGUAAAUUCCAACAAAAAAAUCCUAGCCUGAUGCCACCUCUGUUUCCUUCAUUACAUCCGGAUAUGGAAUCUUCUAUCAAGAAGUAUUACGAGGAAAGUAUGAAACGUUAUAUUAGCGAGCUGCAACAACACGCCUCGUCAUCUAACGGUGAUAAGUGCGAAAUCAAAAGUGAAAAAGGCGAAGGUGGAGAGAUUCCUUUGGACCUAUCGAAACCUGUGGAUCUUUCCAGACCAAUGAAAGUUUCUUUGGAACACGAAAGGAGCUUGUGCGAUCCAGGUCCGUUGACGGAUCUCAGCGAACGAUCACUUUGCGACGAACGAAGUGAUUCUAUGUCCGAAACGAUGGAGUAUAGUAUAGACGACGAAAGCAAUCCGACUUCCCCUGCGAGCAGUACUCAGAGCAACACCCAGAGGCAACUGAACGCUUCGAGUGGUUCUCAGCACAGCGGUACAAAGCGAUUUCGCACCCAAAUGAGUCCCGUUCAAGUGAAAAUAAUGAAAAUUCUGUUCUCCGAUUACAAGACGCCUACAAUGGCCGAAUGUGAGAGUCUGGGCAGAGAAAUCGGUCUUCCAAAACGGGUAAUUCAGGUUUGGUUUCAAAACGCCCGUGCCAAAGAAAAAAAGGGGAAGAUUGCCUUACAGAAGGUACUCGGUCAGCCGGAAAGUGAUACACAACCGUUGCCCGAAGAUUGCAAGUACUGCAACUUUAAGUACUCGCAUAAAUACUCAGUUCAGGACCACAUAUUCACGAAAAGUCACAUCGCCAACGUACGAAUGCACUUGGAGUCGCAAAGUUCCAAAGACAUGAACGAGAGCGGGGGAGAGUUUCAAGUUCCGCCACUUCCUGGUGGUUCGGGUCCGGUGAACGCUACAGAUCCACAGGCCAGUCAGCAGGGUACCGGUGAGCAGUCCCAGAUGAACAACAGCGCGCAUUUGCAGUUGCUGCAGAUGGCCGGUAUGCAGGUGCCGGGUGCCAAGAGGGAGCAGGAAGAGACGCCGGAGAGCUUGUUCCAGCAGCUGUACGCCAUGGGCAACAAUGCCAACUUUGGGGUGCAGAAUCAGUACGUGCACCAUGCCAUGUUCGGAGCUAACGGAUAACUUUUUGUUCGAUAAUCUGGUCCUGACACCUACCCCCCGCCCGCCACUGUUUUCUGGAUGUGAUUUAGGACCCUCGUUUAGAAGAUUCAGUAAUUUUUUUUUAGUUAUACCAGCGGCGCAUCUAACGUUUAUUUUUAUUUUAUGACCUCGCAUAUAUCGAAAAAUAGUAAAGUUACACGAAAUUGUUUGUAAAUAUUUGUGUACAUGUAAAAUCUACACAAUGUAAGUUUCCACAACUUUAACUGCUAUACAAAAUAGAUACUUUAUGUAAAGUUAGAUAGGAGAUAUGCAAGAAGAAAAGGAUGAUUUUUUGCCGAAAAUUCAUAUGUGAUAUUAAAAUUUAUCUCGAAUAGAUUCAUUCGUUGAUUGAUCUUGUACAUAAAACUAUUGUAUUGUUAAGUUCCUAGUAGAUUUUUAAGACGAGACGUUCAUCCUUAAGGUAUAUAUAAGGCUACAAAAUAAAUUUUAGUUUUGUAUAGUAAUAAAUUAUUAUUUUUUCGUAAUAAACAAUUUCUAUUCAUUAA